AUGAAGGGUCUUAUGUAUUCGUUCUCUUUAUUUGCUGGGUACGGGCUGACAACUGCUGUGUCUGGUCCAUCAGGGGUAGAUGGGGGCUCAUCUGCGCUGAAGCAUGGCUGGAUUCCACAUUUCGAGAACUUGGUAGCCUUUGGUGAUAGUUAUACCGACGAGUCUCGACUGAGUUAUUUCCAAAAUCACAACGGUUCUGCACCACCACCUGGGACACUUCUUCCCUCGAGCAAUUCCACCGCUGGUGGAGGCGUGACAUGGGAUAGAUAUGUGUCCAAUUACAGUGGCGCCAAGCUCUAUGACUAUGCUGUCGCCGGUGCAGUUUGCUCUAAUAAGAUUAUCUAUCGAUACCUGGCUAGUGUCUUUGGACCUUUCCCAGAUGUUGUCUAUGAAGUCGACGCUUUCGUCGCGGAUGUCAAGUAUAUUAAUUCAUCCACAAAGACCAACACUCUCUACACCAACCGCAAACCUGACAACACGGUAUACUCGAUGUGGAUCGGCACCAAUGAUCUGGGACAGGGCGCCUUUCUGACAGACUCUUCCUUAAACGGAACCACAAUUCCAGACUAUGUGGAUUGCAUUUUCAAUAGGUUUGACGAGAUUUAUCAAACCGGAGCUAGGUACUUUGUAUUGAUGAAUAACGCACCAUUACAAUUAUCGCCAUUGUAUGGUAUGCCUAGUGCUGGAGGACUGAAUGCUAGUCGUUAUUGGCCAAACAAACCGAGCAACACAUCAGAAAUCAGCGGGAAAAUGAAAGAGUAUACCCAACUAGCCAAUAGUAUUUUCGACUACCGAGUACCAUUUGAAAUAGUGGUUAAGAAGAGAUACCCAGGAGCAUCGAUCGCUAUCUUCGAUACCAAUUCCUUGCUUACCGACAUUUAUAACAAUCCAACACAGUACUUACCCGCACCAGCCAUUGUCGAAGUACCUUACGUUCUCUGCGCUCUCUCUAGUUCAUCUUGUCCCAAGCAACCGGGGAGUCUGGAUGGCUAUAUGUGGUACGACGAACUACAUCCAUCUCAAGGAACAGAUGAGGUUAUCGCGCAUGAAUUCUUGAAUGUUGUGAAAGGCAAUUCAAAAUAUGCUUCAUAUUGGUAG